UUUUGUUUUCUUAAGAAAAAAUAAAAUCAUUUUAAACGUUAUUUGUUUAGUUAGGAAUCAUCUUCCCCUUCGCACUUCGGAAGUGCUCGAUUUUUUUGUGGUCAACUGUGAAUUCGUCGAAUUCAGUUGAACUUCAACUGGAAUUGGUUCUGCGUAAUUUCCAACCUCAUGAUGAUGCUGGACAACAAGAAGUGUGUAUCUGAAGUCUUCUAGAAGGGAAGAUAUUUUUGUGCCAAUGGCUGUACAAGAUAAUGCAAUUAAAAGAAUGAGGAUUGAUAAGGAAGAACCAUCUCGGAGUAAUGCACAGGCAAUAAACUUGAUAUCGGCAGUAAAAGAAUUGCAUGAGCUUCACUCUCAGGAUCUAUAUAAAUUUUUAAGGGAUGCAGAGAGCUUUACUAUUCAUUACCCUACCAAAAAAGGAUUGCUGCUUAAGAUUGAUAUGGACAAGCUUGCAAGUUCUCUUCCAUUGCACCUAACUGCAGUGCUAAUCUCAUCUAGCAGAGAUAAAGCCAUGUUUAGAUACGUGUUAUGUGGUAUUCGUCUGUUGCAUUCCUUGUGUGAUUUAGCCCCCCGACUUCCUAAACUUGAUCAGAUUUUCCUUGAUGAUAUCAGAGUGUUGGAACAACUAAUUGAUUUGGUUUUCUACACACUUAUUGUUCUUAGUGGCUACAGACAGGAAGGCCAUGCUUUUAGUCAUAUGUUCCUUUUGCAUUCAACUCUUGUAGCAUGCAACUUACAUCUACUAACAGGGUUUAUAUCGCCACAAUCACAAGACAUUGUUCAUGUAUUGCUUGCACACCCAAAGGUUGACAUAUUUAUGGAUGCGGCUUUUGGAUCAGUUCGCAUGAUUGUUAGAUAUCUUGAGGUUACACUGAUAGCUAUCUAUAAACACUUUUCCGAGGAGUCAAAUCUAACAGCUGAACAAGCAGUUUAUCAUCUCUGUCAGCAGUGUGAGGCUUCUCUGCAAUUUCUCCAGUCCUUGUGCCAACAGAAAUUGUUUAAGGAGCGCCUGCUUAAAAAUAAGGAACUAUGUAGAAGGGGCAGCAUUCUUUUUCUGGCUCGAUCCAUCUUGAAGUUAAACGUUCAACCAUCCUUUACAUCUCGGAUUGUGGCUGCCAUUUCGAGGCUAAAAGCUAAAGUACUAUCUAUUCUGUUGAGCUUGUGUGAAGCAGAAAACCUUUCUUUUCUUGAUGAAGUUGCCAGCUCUUCACAUUGUUUAGAUUUGGCUAAAUCAAUUGCAUCCGAGGUUUUUGAUUUGUUGAAGAAUGCUUUUGGAAAAGAUCCUAGGCAUCCCAUUAAUACCGACAGAAGUUACCCAAUGGGGUUUUUACAACUCAAUGCAAUGCGUCUGGCUGACAUCUUAUCUGAUGAUUCAAACUUCCGGUCUUACAUGACAGCUUGUUUCACUAAAGUUCUUACGGCAAUAAUUUCACUCUCCCAUGGAGAUUUUUUAUCUUGUUGGUGUUCUUCUAAUCUCCCUGGGACAGAAGAGGAUGCAACUCUUGAAUAUGAUAUAUAUGCCUCAGUUGGAUGGAUUCUGGAUCUGAGUAAUCAGCAUCAAACAAUUUUGGGAUUGAACCUAAUCCAUAACAGCAUGCCUUGUGCUUCUUAUGCACAUCAUAGGACAUCAUUAUUUGUCAAAGUCAUUGCGAACCUUCAUUGUUUUGUACCCAACAUAUGUGAAGAACAGGAGAGGAACCUUUUUGUUCUCAAGGUCCAAGAAUGCUUGCAAAUGGAUCUAUCUGGCCUUCUUCCUGGGUUUUCUUUAACUUCUGGUUCUCGUAAAGCUGCAGCUGUUAACAGGAAUCUCCGCUCAUUGUUAAGUCAUGCAGAAUCUUUGGUUCCAAACUUUUUAAAUGAGGAGGAUCUUCAUCUUCUAAGGGUGUUCAUUGGCGAACUACAAUCCCUAACUACUACUCCUCUUGGGGGAAAUCAGGGUCAGGAUAGCAAAAUUGAGGGUUCACUAUCUUGGGAUAAGUUUGUUCAGGAUAGCAAAACUGAGGAGUCAUUAUCUUGGAAUAAGUUUCCUAAACACAACAACGAUCGUUAUCAGGAUGCUCUGAGUACUGGGGGAGGCUCAUCACCUUUACUAAAAGAACGUGCUAAACUUAACAAGAGUGGUAACCUGAAGGAGGGAGUGUCAGAGAAUUCUGCAUUCCCAGGCAUAGACCAGCAGAAUAACAGAGAUGAAAACACAAAUCAAAGUGAUAACUUGACUAGGCAAAAUCAAGAAGAUAAAGCUACAUCUGGGAAAAGUGUAUCAGGUGCAAGAGAUGUGGAUAAGGAUGCUCAGAAUGCUGAAACGAGUGGUUCAGAUUCUAGUUCUGCCAAAAGAAAGAAUACUGUUGUUCAUAUGGAUAGCGAACACUCAAAAUCAAUUGAGCCUCAUAAAAAAGUUGGGGUUGGAGAAAGCGCAGAGGAUGAAAAGGUUGAAACUGUACAGAGGAGAAAACGAAAGCGAACUAUAAUGAAUGAUAAACAGGUGAUGUUGAUUGAGAGGGCACUCUUGGAUGAGCCUGAUAUGCAGCGAAAUGCUGCUUCACUUCAAUCAUGGGCUGAUAAAUUAAGUCUUCAUGGUUCUGAGGUUUCGUCUUCUCAGCUUAAAAAUUGGUUGAACAAUCGAAAAGCUAGGCUAGCCCGCACAGCUAAGGAUGUCAAAGCAGCAGAUGGAGACAAUCAAGUCGUGGACAAGCAAAGAGGGUCGAUGCUGGGAACCCAUGAUUUGCCCGACAAUCAUGGGGAUGCAUCCAAUGCCGGAAGAGAUCUUCUAACUCUUGCAAGAAUAGCUUCCGGUGAUAAUUCUGAGCCUUCACUAGCCGAAGCUGCCGAAAGUGGUCAUCCAGAAUCCGUCCGCUGCAAUGUGGGUCAGUAUGUUGUGCUUGUAGAUGCGCGAGGAGAUGAGAUUGGCAAAGGAAAGGUAGUUCAGGUGCGUGGUAAAUGGAAUGGAAAGAGUUUGGAUGAAUUACAAACUUAUGUUGUGGAUAUUAGUGAGCUUAAAGCUGAAAAAGGGUUGCGGCUUCCAUAUCCAUCAGAAGCAACAGGCACCACAUUUGCAGAUGCUGAAACAAAGUUAGGCGCCAUGAAAGUGUUAUGGAAUUCACGCAGAAUUUUUCCAGAGCGCACUGAAUGAGAAUGAGUUCAAUUCAGUGACUGAUCUUUUGCUUCUAGCUUUAAGUUUGUGCACAUGACCUUGUAUGAAUUUGCUAAUGUAAGAGGGUAGGGUUUAAAUGGUAAAAAUGUUAGCAAGGAAGGGUAGUUUACUAAUGUCAAGAUGAGAAUGAUCAUCAGUCUUGUACAAGUUUAUCAAAAGCUUCGUUGCAAUUGACAAUGUGCAGAAUAAUAGUAGGAUUUUGAUAUUUGAAUUUAUUACUUUCCAAAUUA